UUCCCUUAUCAACUGAUGGGUGUAUUUCGAAUCAGUGAGCAGUUACAGUAGCAUAAUAUUGUAGCUUUUAUGUUGAAACUGUCGGCAGUGACGUUUGUGAAUGCAAUUAUGAAUGGAUUGAGUGUUUUCUUUUUCGUAGCCGUCUGUGGGUUUCCACUAGUGAAGCUACAAAAAAAUGCACCCAGCAAAGAAAAGCGUCUACAAGCAGAUCUAUUCCGUGAUUAUGAUCCUUUUCUUAGUCCAAAUCCAGGGAACAGGACGGAAGUAAGGACUGGAAUUUUACUUGGAAACUAUGAAUAUAUGGAAGGAUCAUCAGAGAUGGCUAUUCAAGGAUUCAUAAAAAUGUCUUGGUUUGACGAACGUCUAGUUUGGAACGUUUCAGAAACAGGUGUGACAGGAUUCGUGCCUGAGCAAGACAUUUGGAGACCACACCUCGUAGAAAUAAAGAACAGAGGAUUUGAUGGAGAGCCUAUAUAUCACACACAUGGAAAGAAAGAGAGGAAUUUCAAUUCGGAGAUUCAAUCGACGAUUGUACGGAAUGGAGAUAUAACAUCAGUGCACACAAUCAGGUUAACUGCGAAAUGCGUUGCAGAUUUGAAAGAAUGGCCCAGAGAUAGGGCCACGUGUGAAGCUUUCAUUGGUGCUCAAGCUAUUCAGAAUAUCAAUUUAACAUCUUUCCAUGACGAGUACAUUUUUUCGAGUUAUAUGGAAUCUGAAAUGGAAGAUUGGAUGUUGACAAAUAUUAGUGAGAAGAAGUUGGAUCUGAAGACCCCACAGAACGGAUUCGAUCAAAUUUUAAGCAUUACAUUGGAGCUACAAACCACCGGUAAUAUCCUCACCAGACUUCUCAUUUAUCCAGGUUAGCUUCAGCAGCUGUAACACUGGCAUUGUUGGUUUUGAGAUUUGAUAACAGUAUACGACUGUUCACUCUCGUAUUUUCUUUCAUCAUCCACACAUACCUUCUACAAAUACUGGCAUUUCAUAUGCCAGACUGCGGAGCUGAUUCUCCAUACUUAGUGAAAUAUUUUGUCAACUCUAUUAUUAUCAUUGGACUUAUAAUGGUGGAAACGAUCGUAGUGAGAUCUAUAUCAUCAAUAAAGCAGAUGUCAACAUCGGUUGUCAUGCUUUUGAGAUAUCUGGAAACUUUCAAAAUUUUUGAUUUGCUCAUCAUCCGCCGUCACCAAAUUAUAAACGGAAUUUCACUUCAAGAACAGAGUUCUCAAGAUGAAUCUCCAGCAAAAAUCAGAUCUAAAGAGAAAUCGUGGGAUUUGAUUGCAUUUUUGAUUGAUAGACUAAUGCUAUGCGCAGUGAUACUGGCAUACUCCUUCAAUAUCGUACAUUUUCUCGUCUACUAAAAGCAAAUAAUUAUUAUUUUAAACAAAUAAAUGUACUACUUUGGUGCACUUUCAUUCAAAAUCAAUUGACUGAUACAUUUUACAAGGUUUAUCUUGGCUAGGAAAUCAUUGGAAUCCUACCCAACUUAUAAAAAAAUGUAUUAUUUUUCAAUAAUCUGGUGACUAAUAAUACGGUAGAUGAAUGCUCUAGUAUUUUCAAUGUUCAAAUAUAAUUUUUGUUCUAUUAUAAAAGCAAAUAAAAAAUUAGAAAUAGAAUA